AUGGCUGCGAACAACAUGAACGACACCGCAGGCGAAACCAAGAUCGGCUCCGAGGAGUUCACGAUAGGCAUUAUUGGCUUGGGCGACAUGGGCAAGAUGUACGCCCGUAGGCUCAGCGCCGCAGGAUGGAGGGUGAACGCGUGCGACAGGGAGGAGAAAUACGCGGGCCUCCGCGAGGAAUUCGCAGGCAUAAAACAAAUAAACAUCAUUCCCAAUGGACAUCUCGUCUCCCGCGCCAGUGACUACAUCAUCUACAAUGUUGAAGCAGCCUCGAUUGACAAGGUGGCUGCACAGUACGGACCUUCUACGAAGCAGGGCGCCAUCGUCGGCGGUCAAACUUCUUGCAAAGCUCCUGAAAUUGCUGCCUUUGAGAAGCAUCUCCCAGCAGAUGUAGACAUUGUGUGCUGCCAUUCUCUUCAUGGUCCAGCUGUUGAUCCCAAGGGCCAGCCGCUGGUCCUGAUUAAGCACCGUGCUUCCCAAGCCAACUUCGACAAGGUCGAGAAUGUCCUCUCCUGCCUGGGCUCCACUCAUGUCUACCUCUCUGCAGCAAAGCAUGAUCGAAUCACAGCGGACACCCAGGCCGUAACCCACGCGGCCUUCCUCAGCAUGGGUAAAGCGUGGCAUGCCAACGAGCAAUUCCCCUGGGAGAUAGCCCGCUACGUGGGUGGCAUUGAGAACGUCAAGAUCAACCUUACUCUGCGCAUCUACUCCCAGAAAUGGCACGUUUACGCUGGCCUUGCCAUCCUGAACCCCUACGCCAAACAGCAGAUCAAGCAGUACGCCCAGUCCGUAACCGACCUGUACAAGCUGAUGCUCGGAGGCCACCGAGAAGAAUUGGAGCAGCGCAUCAAGAAAGCAGGCGCCAAGGUCUUCCCCACCCAGAACUGGGAUAAGCAGCUCCUCCUGAAGGACGAAGUACUCGACCGCUUCUCCCUCGGCAAGAAACCCUCAACGCCGCUCCCCAAUAACCACCUCAGUCUCCUUGCCAUGGUGGACUGCUGGUCCCAGCUUGACAUUGUCCCCUACGACCAUAUGAUCUGCUCCACGCCCCUCUUCCGCCUCUGGCUGGGCGUUACGGAGUACCUCUUCCGCCAGCCCACUCUGCUCGACGAAGUCAUACGCGUGGCUAUUGAGGACAACACGUUCCGUAGCGACGACCUGGAGUUCACAUUUGCAGCGCGGGGCUGGAGCGAGUGUGUUACUUUUGGGGACUUUGAGGGGUACAGAGAUCGCUUCGAGAGCACGCAGAGGUUCUUCCAGCCGCGGUUCGCGGACGCGACCAAGGUGGGUAACGAGAUGAUCAAGACGAUCCUAGAGAAUACGAAGAAAUGA